CUCACUCUGGCGUUCAGGCUGAGCAGCAGGCUGGGAUACACAGGUACCAUGACCCUGCUCGAGGACAAGCUCCACACGAGAAGACUUUUUCACAGCUGAACUUUUCCUCUGUAGAAACGGGAUGACGUCUCUCUGAGGGACUUUUUCCUGCUUUGACUUCAUUUGACUUCAAACUGAGGAUUUAUUGCAGCAGCAUGAGUGUGAAGGGCAGGAAGGCUGGGCUAGUUAUCAGCUGGCAGAAGUCUCUCUCCAUCCUGGCUCCAUGGAAGAAAGGUAAAGCAGACAGGGAUGCUGUACUGGACACUGAGGUUGUCCUCACCAAAAUGAAGCUCUUCAGCCAUCUUCAUGAGAGGCUCUUCAUGGGCGACGACUCUUUAUCCACCAUCUCAACAGGGUCCGUACCCGAGCAGCAAUCUCCGGAUCCCAGCAAAGCCUCUGAGGUGAACUCACACCAAAGUGACAAACCCUGUAUGGAGUCCGGCUCAGACUACCUGUCAGCCAUUUUCUCAGAUUCCCAGCUCCCGAGGCUGUACAAGUUUGAGUCCGAGGACUCGGGAGUGGAGCUGCCCAGUGGAGCUAAUUCUCCGUCCACGCCGACCGGCUCGGAGCAGAGCUUUGUGGUCCACAGCCGAGAAUCAUCCUGUGACUCUGAUGCUGAUAAACUGGUCACGUAUGCUCAGAGCUCAGAGAUGAAGCAGGAACAGGACUCAGUGGAUAACGGUCCAGAUACAGCCGUGGACACUCAGGAUGAUGUGUUCAUUCCUGCAGUAGAACUUCACAUAGGUGAGGACGUGGACACGGACCAGUGCAGGGCUUCAGGGAUCCACCCUGAGGAGAGCGAGGAGAUGUCUGAGGGUAACGCUGUGACUGACAGGACGAGGCCUGGGAGACAAACUUCAGUCGAGGCCUGCGAGGACAUGACAGAGAACCAGUUUGAGCCUGAGCCUCGAUGGAGGAGUGGCACCAGUGAAAGUCUGGAGGAGUACAUGGACGAGUGCUGCAGACUCAGUGAGUCCCAGCAGGUCAGUUCGAACCCUCUGGGAUCAGGCCUGGGUUACCUGGAGCACAUCUGCCAGCUCCUGGAGAAGAUCGGCCAGCUGCAGGAGACGAACCUCCAUCUGCAACGGCAGAUCUGCUGUCUGCAGAAAGACAGCAGAGUGACAAAGACCAAGGAGGAUUUCUUCCAGCAGCACUGCAGCUGUGGGGCAGCCAGCCUGGCCUUCUACGACGUUCAGAGGAGACAACCCAGGAGUGAGUGUUUGUCACCCAGUGGGACCCUCUCAGACCUGUCCACCAUCCCCGAGGUCAUCCGGCGUCCUCUCGUGCCCCCCAGGAGAGAUUUGAGCAGUGAGGAGCUGAGCCCCGUCCCGCUGUGGAGGAGAAGUCUGAACCGACGGAGCUACACUGAGGGCGAGGUCCGCUUCAGAGACAGCACAGAGGGGCUGUCCAUCCCCCAUCGCAGGCUGAGUGAAAACUACACCUGGGGCCGAGUCAAAGACCUGGUGAGGAGGACUAAGCUGAGGAACCAGAGCCGCCUGGGACUGACCUCGCCUUCCCUGAAGAUGUCCUGUCCUCAGCUGUACAGACCUGACCUGGAACCAGUGGAGCCUGCUGUGAGGAACAGAAACAGGAACUCAAUGAUCGCCUUGGGAUUUCAGAGCAAACUGGACUUCCCCUGGCAACAAUGAACACCCAGCUCUGAUCACCGUAAUCCCUCACAGAGAAGAGGAGGAAACCAGGAAGUUACCAAGGAAUGAUCCAAGACCGGAGAGAGACAGAGAAGAAGAGUGGACUGAAGAAGAGACCAGGAAGUGAGGGAAAUAAAGGAGAGGACUCUGGUGAAAGGAUGUGGUUCUGCAUGUGAGGGACUCAGUGUGUGUGUAUAUUACAUGUACAUUCUAAAGUAAGCCAUGUUGUGUUCAGAGUACAGAGACGACGUAAUGACGUCUACAAUGAUCUGUGACAUCAUUUAACUGCUUUAUACUUUCUCUGUUUAUACGUUUCUAUACGGACAUUAUGAAACAUACUCAUCAGUGUGUUACAGACAAUAACAGACUGCCCGGACAGUGUGUCUGUGCAUGCAGAGAUAAUGUGUGUGAGGAGAGCCAGAUACACCCUGCAGAGGGACAUACACCAUGUUCACUAAGGAUAAGAGCCAGAUAGCACAGCUUGUUUCUUAAAGUGUACUUUUGAAAUGUUCAGCCCAUGAACUCUGGAGUGUGCAGGAAAGCACGGUCCUCUUGAUAUAACAUGUUCUGUUGGAGGGGUAUGUCUCAUGGCAUGCAGAGCUCUGGUCUGAAACAUGACAAGCCCAUGUUGCAUCACAGAAACUCUCUCGUCGUGUUCCAGACAAAGUCAUAGACUGUCCAUAGUAUCUGUGACUUCACCAUAGACCGUAUAUAUAAUGGACCUCGUUGCUCCGCCUUUUCCCAUUGUACGGUUUUGAAACCAAAAUAUCCCUUUCCAGAACGCUGACAUCUUGUACAUUUUCUGCAGCCAGAGUCUGUUUUGGAAACAGUACGGCCUACUGCAUCCUGCGUUUGAAUUUAGUCUGUAGUCUGACUGUUCUGUUCAAUCUGUGUUGCAGUACGCUGGGCCAGACGUCACUGAAUUUCUGGAUUCGGAAUGCGAAUGUAAACAACGUCCAAGCUGAUAGAUAAACUGCUUCUUUAACAUCACUUAGGAUUUAAAAAGUUAAGAGGUGAUUUAUAUGUAAUUUAAUAAUUUUCAUAGCACAUAAAAACUGAGUUCCCCGUCAAAAGAGAAAAAGCGGAACGAGCGCUGUGCAUUGUGGGAAACAUUAUGUUAGGGAGACUGGUCCGAUGCAGACUGAGACAUGUUCCUGAAUCAGGACGACAUCCGGGGAGUUUUGGCAUACUGCAGAUUUUGCUCUUGUUCACAUACUACAUAUUGAAUUUUUUCCAAAUCAGUACGUACUGCUGGUAUAGUAGGCAGUUUCGAAAACAGCCAGAGUCAGCGCAGUAGGGAAUUUGUGUGUUUCCACAGUAACAAGCUCCGCCCUACAGCGUACCAUCCCGAGGUCCUACGGAGUUUCUCUCUAAGGCAGCUGUCAAUCAAAGUAAACCUGGAGGUAAAACCCUGUUUUUUAACCUCUAAUAACUAAUGAAAAAGAAACUUUUCAGAAAAAAGAGGCCUUGAACACAAAACAGUCAAAUACUAACUACAUAUCACCACAGCAUACGGAUGGGAGAAACAUUCGUACCACGUGUAUGGACGUUUGACUGUAGCCCCAUUCAAAUGAAUGGGGGAGAGGGUUUUUUUGACCUAUACUGCAGCCAGCCACCAGGGGGAGCAGCUUUUGUUGCGGCCUCACUUCAAGCCCAGCGAGACGACGUUCAUUUUAUAUAUAGUCUAUGGACGUCACCCAUCUGUUUUUGAAGAGCUGUUUUGAGGCCAAUUGUCGUCGGCAGACAUAUUGCUGCUGUCAAGCGGUUGUGACGUAAAGAGGCGGGCUUUGAGCCUCCUCGCCAACAGCUGCAGUGUUCCCGCCUGUCAAUCAAGUCAGCUGUGCCUCUCAUUGGAAGACUCGUAAUCUUGAUAUCUUUUAAAUUUCUGUGUUAGAAAAAAUUCACCCCCGUACAGUGUGAGCCGAUCAAGAAAUGAUCUAUCCAGACUACAGUCGUCUUUUGAACCAGACUGUAAACAUGUUUAUUUCUGCUGUAAAGAUCGUCUUCUUUGAAUUGGUGUGUAAAUGGUUUCCAGUACUUCCUGGAGCCAGCCUCAAGUGGAUCCUCCAUGAACUGCAGUUUUUAGCACUUCCGCAUUGGACUCAUAUUUUUAGACUGGAGGUUGCCGCUUGGACAAAAUACAGAACCAUGAGUUUAUCACGAAAAGGUCCAAAUAAAAAAAGAAAUCUAAGGAAGAGGGAUUUUUAUCUACUUUCGUAAUAACUGAAGAUCUUACACUGCAGAGCAACUCUUGGAUCAUGAUCAAACUUAAAGUCAUACAUGUCUGUUAUAUGUUAGGUGUUGAUGCUGGACCUUCAGCACAGACACGCUGCAGAACAGAACGUGUGCACAAGUCAUUUUAAACAUCAGAUGCGCUCCACCCUUCUCUAAACACCGCUCAUAACCUUUUUCACACGUGCACUCCUGAGAGUUUCUAGAACACUUCAGGACAGACGCUCACUCAUGUCCGUCACAGGGUGUCUGAUGGGGGGACAUCCCUCACGUUACAUUAACGUUAUUGACCCCGGCCACUUGUUCUCCGUAAAUCUUCCAACUUUUACCUGCUGUGUUUGCACAUCAGCUCAACUUACCUGUUUUCGCAUCAGCUCACCUCCACUCUGCAGAAAUGUCACCAGAAGGAGAAGAGGAAAAAGUGUGGAUACAGUCGUGUUGAAAAAUGAGUUCACAUUUCUAGAACUUUUCAGGAGUUUACUGAACGUUUUUUAAAAGCCGAGGUUUCUAACACUGCUGUGUCUGACAUGAAGAACUGGUCAGUACCAAGCGACAACCUCCGGUCUCACACUAUGAAGCCCCUGGGAAGUGUUAUAAACUGCUAUUCAUCAAGAAUCCGCUUGAGGCUGGCUGCAGAACCACCAGAAACCACAUCCACACCCAUUCAAAGAAGACGAUCUUUACAGCAGAAAUAAACAUGUUUACAGCCUGGUAAAAAAAACGGCUUGACUCUACGUAGCUAAUUCCUCUAUCAGCACACACUGUACGGGGGUACAUUUUUUUCUAAUGCGACGGUUCAGAAGAUAUUAAGAUUAUGAGUUUUGCCCAAAUAAGGACAUGACUGACUUGACUCCCGGAAGUCAACACAUAGCUGUUGGCUAGGAGGCUCAAACCCCGCCUCUUUACGUCGCAGUUUGCCUGGUUGAGUUCAGCAUUUCCUAUAUGGCUUCAAAACAGCGCUCAGGAACAGAUGGGGGACGUCCCGGAUACUACGUCCAUUAGUUAUACAGUCUAUGGUCAGUACAUGCUUUUUGGUGUUUUGUGUCAGUUUAGUUUUCAGAUAAAAUCCAUCAUCUCAAAUAUUUUUUACUCUAAUAUGAGACAGACGGGACGUCUUUAAGACACAAGAUGAGCAGUUUGUGCCGUAUAACAUUGUCACGUCUGCCUCUGCAGGAACUUAACAUAAACAUGUGGUUGGCGACGUGAGAGCUCCAGACUUUCUCAGGGGUUGGCUGAACUGAAUAUUCAGUUUCAAAGAGAACCCUGGGAUGUAUUUCUUGCAGGAGAGUUUUAAUGUUGAAACAAAGAUCUCUAGCAUCAAACAAGCUAACACUGAAACAGUGUCAGCUUGAAUUCCUCGAUGGUGGUUCGUUGAUGUUUGACAGUUUAUAAGAACUGAGAUAUAUCAUCAUGUAGAAUCAUGUUCCCCUCCAAAGAGGUGAAUAUGAUGGCUCUGCAGUCACUGAAGGGACGUGUGUUGAAUUUUCAAAGACAAGAAACGUUUCGUGUGAAUUGAAGCUGGUGUUGAUCUGUAAGACGUCAGGCGACUGUACAUGAACUGUAUGCUGCAGUAUGCAUAUUGCAUCAUUAUGCAAAUUUAUUUUUCAAAAUAAAGUUACUGAAAAGGA